GAGACGCUGAUUGGUUCCGGCUCGGGUCGGUGUCACACAGGCGGCAGGAAAGAUGGCGCUGCGGGCUCUGGUCGGUGUCAAGCGGGUCAUAGACUAUGCGGUGAAGGUCCGCGUGAAGCCGGAUAAGACCGGCGUGGUGACCGAUGGGGUGAAACACUCGAUGAAUCCCUUCUGCGAGAUUGCCGUGGAGGAAGCCGUCAGAUUAAAGGAGAAGAAGAUAGUCAGCGAAAUCAUCGCCAUCAGCUGCGGCCCUCAGCAGUGCCAGGAGACCAUCAGGACGGCCCUGGCCAUGGGAGCGGACCGAGGCAUCCACGUGGACGUCCCAGCUAAGGAUUCCGAAAUGCUCGGACCGUUCCAGGUCUCCAAGAUCCUGGCCGCCGUGGCCAAGAAAGAGAACGUGAACCUGGUGCUUCUGGGAAAGCAGGCCAUCGAUGAUGACUGUAAUCAGACUGGACAAAUGACCGCCGCGCUGCUUGACUGGCCUCAGGCAACGUUUGCGUCAGAAGUAACGGUAGAAGGAGACAAACUGACCGUGGUGCGGGAGAUCGAUGGCGGGCUGGAGACCAUCAGCAUGAAACUCCCCGCCGUGGUGACCACAGACCUGAGACUGAACGAGCCACGCUACGCCACUCUACCGAACAUCAUGAAAGCAAAGAAGAAGAAGAUUGAGACGUUGAAGCCGACAGAUCUCGGAGUGGACACGGCGAGCCGUAUAAAGAUUCUGAGCGUGGAGGAUCCACCGCAGAGACAAGCUGGCGUGAAAGUGGAGACCGUAGAGCACCUUGUAGCCAAACUAAAGGAGAGUGGCUGCAUCUAGCAGGACCAGGUUUUUGGAAAGUUUGGGCAUUUGCUGCAGAAGAGGGAAACGCCACCACUUGACCGUCCCGUCCCAUUCACCUGCCGGUGCCUUCCUAGACCGCUGCCAGCCGUGAUUGUACACACCUCAACGUCCAGUCCUUUACAACAGAGACUGGCGGAGGAGAAAA